CCAACUCUUACUCCUCAUUUCCACACAGUUUCCCCUUCCAAAAUACCAUCAUUUUUUUUCCGCUUGAUUACAAUUUACAAAACAAAACUACUGCACGUCUGUAACACAAACACAAUCAUGUUGGCGAUAUUCCACAAAGCCUGCGCCCACCCGCCGGAGGAACUCAACUCCCCGUCGUCGAUCAAAAAUAAGCCCAAGAAGCUACCGGAGGAGACCCUGACCGACUUCCUCUCCCGCAACCCGGAAAACUCCUCCUCCAUCUCCUUCGGCAAGUCGGCCGCCGCCCUCGCCUACGUCCGCCCCGACAGCGUCCUGUCCCUCCGCCAGCAGCGGCUGUUCUGCGGCGUCGACGACAUCUACUGCCUCUUCCUCGGAAGCUUGAACAACCUGUGCAGCCUCAACCGCCAGUACGGCCUCGCCAGCAAGUGCAGCAACGAGGCCAUGCUCGUCAUCGAGGCCUACCGCACCCUCCGCGACAGGGGGCCUUACCCCGCCGACCAGGUCGUCAAGGAUCUCGACGGCACCUUCGCCUUCGUCAUCUACGACAGCAAAAACGGCACCGUCUUUGUCGCCCUGGGCUCGGACGGCGGGGUGAAGCUGUACUGGGGAAUCGCGGCGGACGGGUCGGUGGUGAUCUGCGACGACGUGGAGGUGAUCAAAGCCGGGUGCGCCAAGUCGUUCGCGCCGUUCCCGUCGGGGUUCAUGUUCCACAGCGAAGGCGGGCUGAUGAGCUUCGAGCAUCCGAUGCACAAGAUAAGGGCGAUGCCGAGAACCGACAGCGAAGGGGUGUUGUGUGGCGCGACGUUCAAAGUGGAUUUGUAUCAGCGGAUAAACAGUUUGCCCAGAAACGGCAGCGCCGCUAAUUGGACCGAAUGGGACUCCCACUCCUAAUUGAGAUCAGACGGCCGCCGCUUCCCCGAUUUCCGCCGCUUGCCUCCAAUAAUGGAUUCCUUUCUCAGCUGCUUGUGCUGUCUUUUACUUUCUCCUGAUAAUAAAUUGGUUUUGGCCUGUGACGUGUGAAUAUUGACAACCAAUUUGUGAAGUUACUGAUGAGAAAGUUUUGUUAAUCUUUGGUAGAUUAUGUGCUCUUUUCAAAGAUGUGCUAAUGGAUUGGUUCAUCAAUA